UGUGACAUCAGAUCAUUUCAGUUGUACACCGACUUCACUCACCUCAUCCUGAGCGUGUUCGGCAGGAUUCUCGUCCUAGACCUCGGCCAUGUCCUCGCCGUGUGUUCGUUUAUUCAGAGGGAGAAAACAGUCUUUUUCCAGAGGAUGGAUGACUGUGACGUGGACCGAGUGGAAGGACUCGUGCUCAGGUUCUUCACCGUCUCUUCACACUCCAACACUUUACUGUCCGUGGACGACGAGGAGCUUCUCCUCAACAAGCUGCAGGGACUCGUCACCAACAUCCACUGGACGUCGGCCGCCGCCGUCGACUUGUUCGAGACUCUUCUGAACCGAUUCGAGUCAACGACAAAAGACAGAUCGCAGCUGAUGGUGUGGAUGUUGGAGAUGUUGCACUGUGUGCAGAUUCACCUCAUCACGCCGAGCUGGAGGUCGGGACCAGGCGACGGAGGAAAGACCCUGAUGGAGCUGGUCCGGGACGAGAGCGUCCCAGAUCCACACCUGAAGAAAUCUUUAGCCAAUGACACAGAGAAGCAACUGGACGAAAUUCUUGAGGAAAUACGCCAAGAAAAGUUGAACCAGAUCGACGAGGAGCUUUUAGCUGAGAUGAGAGACAUCGUCUCGUCCGUUGAUGAGGAUCUGACUUCACGCAGAGAAGGAUCACAUCGGGGAGGCCUGAAGAAAGACCUGCUGAGGCUCUGCAAGGCGGCGGAACUGGCUCAGUUCAGACCACGACUCACUCAGAUGGUGAGCUGGUGUCUCAUGGUUCUGUCCACGGCAGGGCGGUUGAUCCAGGUCGGCACCGGCGAGGGGAAGUCGUGCAUCGUGGCCAUGUUUGCUGCUUUCCGGGCUCUGAGAGGAGAGAAAGUGGACAUCAUGUCCAGCUCAUCCGUCCUGGCCGAACGAGAUUCAGACGACUGGCGACGAUUUUAUUCAAUUUUGAAAAUCAGCAUCAGCUGCAACACCAACAAGCAAGGCAUCGACUUAAAGAGGUGCUACGAGUGCCAGGUUGUCUACGGCACGGUGGAGGACUUUGCUGGAGACUGGCUGAAGCACCACUUCCACAAGACAGACAUAUUUGGGCAAAGGAAAUUUGAGUGUGCGAUCGUGGACGAAGUGGACUCACUGAUGCUGGAUCGAGGUCUGCAUGUGGUCUACCUGAGUAGUGACAUGCCGGCUUUCCAACAUCUCAAUCCACUCUUGGCUUUCAUAUGGGCCACGGCUAAUCAGUACAGUAAGGUUGGCACAGAGACGGUUGUGGGCCGAAAAUACCCCUUUCAUCAGGUUGUGCUCAAAAACGCAACAACAAGCCAAGACGUUGACGAGUUCACCGUCCUUCAGAUGGCCGAGGACGCCGGCGUUCUGGCCAAAGGUUCCGUCCGGGAGCUGAGAAGAGACCUCAGCCUUUUAACUGAGAAAAUGACAGAUGUUACUGCGACGCAGCUGGCUGGAUUCUUCCAAACAGCGGAGAGGAAGUUCCCUUCGUGCAGCUUUGCUCUGCACUGCAUCAACAAUGACGGGGCGAUAGAGGAACUCAACAAAGAGCUGCAAAGGGAAGACGGCGAAAGGCAAAGAGUGCCGCUGCUCGUCAUCAACGGAGGCUUCUGUCGCUACAUGUAUCCUGACAAAGACAGUGUCCGCAGAGCGUCAGAGGAAGAAGUGAGAUGUGCUCUUCAUUUCACACCAUGUGACGUGAGCAAAGAUAAGAGCAGCUGCUACGUCCCGGGCUUCCUCUCCGAUCUGGUUGAGUCCAAACUAAAGGUGUGGAUUGGAAACGCCUUCUACGCACAAACCAUGACGGAGGACCAUGAAUACAUCAUGGAGGAUCAUGGAAUUGUCCCCGUCGACUACAGUGUCACGGGUGUCGUGGAAAACUUCAUGAAAUGGGCGGAUGGACUUCAGCAGUUUCUGGAAAUGAAACACGCGUCCAAGGUGAGCGACAUGACAGUCGUCACAAACUACAUGUCCAAUGUUAGCAUGCUUCAGCAGUACAAAAAUCAGAUCUAUGGAAUCUCUGGGACUCUGGGCCAACAAGCAGAGACUGAGACCUUACAGAAAAUCUAUAAAGGCAUCAAGACCUGUCAGAUACCUGCAUUCAAACGCAGGAAGCUGUUCGAGGUCGCAGGAAGGCUCAUUCCUGGAGAAAAAGAAUGGAUUGAAAAGAUCUGCAAUGUCGUCACUGCAGAAAUCAACCCGACUCCGUACAGGCCGGGAAGAGCUGUGCUGAUCAUCUGUGAGACCAUCAAUCGAGCAAAGGUUCUGCACGACAGUCUCGGAGACGAGGUCCACCACAAAAAGCUCUACAUCAACAACAACAUGGACAACACGGCAAUCUUCGCCAAGGACCUGGAAGCAGGAGAAGUCAUUAUAGCAACAAACCUGGCGGGUCGUGGGACGGACCUGCAGGUUUCUGAGGAGGUGAAGACAGCGGGAGGUUUGUUGGUUGUGCAGACCUUCCUGCCCAAGAACGCCCGGGUGGAGGCGCAGGCGUUUGGCCGCACAGCGAGACAAGGAUCUCCCGGCUCCGCUCAGCUCAUCGUCUGCUCCGGUCACCUGACGGAACCGUUUCCGUUGCUGAUUGCGUUGAAGAUGAAGCUGUCAUUUCUCAUGUCUGAAAGCCCCAGGUCAGAAAUAGAGACAGCGAAACUGCUCCGAGACGACUUAGUGGCUCAGACACUCGAUAGAUACCUGGAGCAGCACAUCCCAUUCAUAAAGAAGAAAGAACAGCUCUUCUUCCAGUACCUGGCCACACUCGACGGCGUGUACAAAACCAGCAACAACAAGCCAGCAGCUUCACAUCUGUCUGCACUCAAUGAGUUCUGGGGCAUUUGGCUCCUGACGCGCUUCAAAGCCGAUGAAUCGGACGCGGAGCUGAAGAGCCGACUGAGUGAAGACCUGGACCGAGCCAAGCAGCAGCUGGAACUCAGAGAAUCUCCGUCAUCGGACCUGCACUACUACACCGCCUUUGGCAAUGAGCAGCGCAAGAAGGGACACCUUGCAGAGAGUAUCGGGAUGUACACUAAAGCCAUCGAGGAGGACUAUUGUUGGGCAGCCAUUGCUUACUACAACCGAGCUUUUGCAUCUUUAACUCUGCACGGCAGGCAUCAGGAUCUGAUCUGCAUCAACCAAGCGCUGGAGGAUUUACAAAACGCUCUCCGGUCUGUUGAUCUGCACUGCGAGCAGGCCGAGGUCACUCUCAGUCACUCCACGCAGCAGAUCAACGAAGCUCGCACGGACUCCGUCACCAGGUUGGACGUGCACAUCACAGCCAGACACACGGUGCUGCUGUGCUUCAAGGCCAACAUCAACGACGCCAUAGAGAAGAUCAACGGCGCCAGAGACACGGGAGCGAGCGUGCGAGUGGACGAGAGUCUGGUCUACGUCCUGCUGCUGCCGGAGCUCCUCCUGUCGCUGACCGUCCUGUCCAGAGAUUCUCUGCGUCACAGAGACCCGGUGGAGAUCCACCGGCUCAUCAACCAUCCCUCCUUCAUGGUCGACAUAUUCAACCAACUCCUGUGUCUCAAGUCUCUGGGUCUGACUCACGUCUACACCGUGGACAGAGUUUUCUCUCUGCGCGGGUUCUUAGCAAAGAUGAAUACGACCAUAUGUCAUGCUCACGAAUAGACAGCAGCUACUUCAUGACUGUAAUAUAGCUUUAAUACAUGAGACUGCGCUGAACACAACAACAAAUCACAGGUAGUAUUCUGAAUAUCAGCAACAUCGGUGGGAAAUACAACAAACAAACCUGAACAGGAAGGUAAUGGGGGCGUGUCCCUCCACAGGUGUGAGAGUGACUGAGAGGAAGCCCCUCCCACAAAAACAAAAACACUGGAAAUCUCCCUUUCAUAUCCUUAGUUACCUCUGCAAGUUAAUUCAUUAAUUUAUUCCUUAGUCUUUCUUCAUUCCUUUUCUUUUCCUUCUCCCUCCUCAUCUGUUUUUCCAAACCACCCACACUCAGCUGCACCUGGAGGAACGGGGGUUACUUUACUUUUGUGUUUGCACACUUUGCACUUUGCUAAUCAUUUUUGACAAUAAAGAAUCUUUUGCAGAUUGGAA